AUGUGGAUACAUCCAAAAGAAAUACUAAUACCACCAGCCUUCUGGGUUGACGAAAUGCGUUCGAAAUAUUUUGUACUUCAAAAACGACGAGGCCAUGGUGAAACACGUAGCUUCACUUCACUCCUGGUCAAUACAUUGGACAGCGUCUGGGAUACAAAGCCACCACCAUAUCGUAUUCUGCAUCAAACUCCAAGAUCAGAAGUAUAUUAUGAAAUUGCUAUUGGCCUAACACAAGAGGAAAUCGUUAAAGAUUGGGAAUGGCUUGCUGAAAAUUUAUUUAAAGUACUCAACGAAAUGGAGAGUGAGGAAGAGAUCACCAAUUUCACCAUAUGCAAAAUACAAUCUUUAAAUGCGCAAAAUAACCUGGAUAACACAGAUGAAUCAGCCAAUUUCAAGGUGGCUGCAUCGAAGUUUCAAACUCUCUUCGAGAUGCCAAAAGAAGAACGAUUAGUUAAUACAUAUGCAUGCACCUAUGUUAAGAAUAAAAUACCGAAUCAAGGAAACUUGUAUAUUUCCUUAAAUCACAUCUGUUUCUAUUCAUAUAUGUUGGGGAGCGAAACAAAGCGCGUCAUACGAUUUGCUGAGUUGGAAGACAUAAAAAGACACGGCCAAAUUAUAUACCUGAAAACCAUUAAUAAUAUGCAUUAUAAUUUUACAUUAUUAAAAGAUGUAAAAGAGGCAUACGGAUUGAUUGAACAAUUAAAUAAAAUGGCUAUACAGCAAUUGAUACAAGAUCCUGAUAGUCCAAUUGUCGACCAUGAUGCCUCAGUUUUUCAGCGUUUCGGUCGUAAAGCAUCAAAUAAGCCGGGACUUUUGCGAGAUUUGACGGCUCGCCAAAAGUCUGAAGAAUAUCGUAAUUAUUUUCGUCUGCCACAGACGGAAAUUAUUGACGGCCAAAUAAAAGCCAACAUUUGGACACCAUAUUCAAAACGGUAUGUUGGUGGCAAUAUAUACUUGUCGCGAAAUUUCUUUUGUUUCCGCAGUGACGUAGUCGAUCUUGCCAGCCUCGUAAUUCCAAUGCGUAGUAUAAAAAGCGUAGAACAGAAAAACGAUGGUCCACAUCGAUAUGAUAAUCAAAUUAUUUUACAUACUGCUGAGAAUGUGCAUUUCGUCUUUGCACAAAUUGUUGAUCGUGAAAUUUUGGUCGAAAAAAUUAGCGAGCUACUAUCGCAAUUUCACGUCCCUAUUAGUCGCGAACGCCCAAAAUACGAUAUAUCCUGGAGCAAACAGGCGGCGCUAAUGAACUCAUUCAAGACGAAUUUGAGCGAAGAAAUGUUAAAGAUACAAGAGCAGAAGCUUAUCCGCUGGGAAUCACAUUUCCGUGAUUUUGGACGUGGCAUUUCUAUGUUUCGUACAACGGAUGUGAUCAACUUAAUUGUGGAAGGAAUCCCUGAUAAAUUGCGUCAAGAAAUUUGGCUACUAUUUUCCGGUGCAAUACAUGAAAAGGACAUGAAUCCGGGACUUUAUGAAGACUUGGUGGAGAAGGCUGCUUGCAUUAAGCAACCCUCCCAACACGACGAAAUCGACCGUGAUCUUCAUCGCUCGCUACCAGAGCAUCCGGCAUUCCAUCACGCCGACGGCAUAGGCGCUUUAAGACGUGUAUUACAAGCUUAUGCCUUGCGUAAUCCACAAGUGGGCUAUUGUCAAGCCAUGAAUAUUGUAUCAUCAGUCUUUUUGCUAUUUUGUGAUGAAGAGAAUGCAUUUUGGCUGCUUGCAAGUCUCUGUGAAAAUCUACUACCGGACUAUUAUAAAGAUAAAGUCGUGGGCGCACAAAUUGAUCAAAGUGUAUUAAAUGAACUGGUUGAGACAUAUCUGCCGGAGUUGCAUAGCCAUUUAGACCAGUUGGGCAUAAUUCGCAUGAUCUCACUAUCAUGGCUAUUGACCAUUUUCAUAAGUGUCAUAUCGUAUGAAAGUGCUUUACAUAUAAUCGAUUGUUUCUUCUACGAUGGCGCAAAGAUAAUUUUUGUGAUCGCACUGCAAAUUUUAGAAUGGAAUUGUGAAACACUACUAAAAUGUCACGAUGACGGCGAAGCCAUGCUGGUGCUGAGCAAAUAUUUGGACGGCAUUUAUAAUCCUGAAUAUCGUCUACCUGCGCCGGCAGAUAAGCAAAAAAAAACCGAAACACAACCCAUACAAACGCUCAUACACGAAGCGUAUACGAAUUUCGGUUCAAAAAUAUCACAACUAAAAAUCGAAGAACUACGUAAUAAACACCGUCGGCUGACCAUACGUCAAUUCGAUAUUGAUAAUGAGAACACAAUUGUUAAAUUUCACACAGAAAAUAUGUAUUUUGACAAAGAAGAACUCCACCUGCUACUCACCAUUAUACGUGAAGAAAAGUCAAUGCCACGUAAAGUGUUGCAGCAAAAGGCACACUCAGCGCUGGGCGGUGAAUCGCCAAUACUGUUGCCUUCAACAUCCACAGGACGCUCCGGCUAUUUGGAGAAUAAUUGUAGCCGCUCUGAAUCGUACAGCGUCGAUUUUGAUACAUUCCGUGCACUAUUCCACGAACUGACUCCUUGGCGCAGUUGUGUGGGCAUUGAUUUGGCGGAGAAAUUAUUUAGGCUGACUGACAAAAAGAGUACCGGUACUAUCGAGUUUUCCCAAAUCAUAAAUGCCUUGGGCUUGGUAUGCUCACGCAAAUACACUGAGAAACUAAAAUUGCUGUACAUAUUACAUUUGCCGCCAUUGUUAUCGAAAGCUGAAAUUGAACAUGUUAGACGUCCCAAAUCCAAAGUAAAAGAUGAUGCUGAGGAAGCCAUUGAAGCUGAAGACUUUUUUGGUGAUGAUCCAUCAGAAUCCAUCGAGGCCCUGCCCUCUCCCACAGAUAACAAUUUCGACGAAGACGAUUAUGCGCUUGUUGCAGCUACAAAGCAUUUGCACAGCUUAGCUGGCCUGUCACAACAGUCAUCAUCAUCGGGUAUUGUUGGUGCCAUUAAUGGUGAACGUUCGUCUACAUUCUAUGUCGAUUUGCCACGACAUCAUGGCGCUCCCAUGGAAGUGGCACGUUCACAAAAUGGGGCUAGUACUUGUGAUCUAAUUGGUAAUACGUUGCGGCAACAAGGUCGCUUCGAAUCCACCGAUACUUUUUCGGAUAUUUCCGACUUGGGGGCAGCAAAGGUGAUGCCAUCCCAAAUGAAUGCAGAGACAAUUUCGAAUUUCUCACAAAUUAGUGAUUUAAUAAUGGCUACGCGGGUGGAACGCAACGACUCAACGACAGACACUAAAAGUUUGGGCAGCCUGAGAUAUUUAAUUGACCAACCAGAUGAUGGCAAUGGACCAAAUAAAAAUAUUCCCAAUAUGAAAAAAGCAAAUUUUCAAUUUUUAUGGCGCUCACUAGUGGAAAUUGUAGGUGAACAAGAUGAGGACAUGCGGAAGGCAUAUGAAAAUCUCUUAGAACUGGGCAAUAACAACAUGAAAAAGGAAAUUAGUCUGGAUAGUUUUACCCAGCUAAACUUGGGUAGUGGUGAUGAGCCUGAUAGCAAUGGCAAUCCGACCACUCCCUCCGUAGAGCCCAAUGCUACAACGAAACUCUUUCAAGCUUAUGAAGAUGAAUUGAAACAAAAUUCCAGUGUGGGCGGCACAGGAAGUAGCUCAGAAAACUCUACAAAUGUAGAUAGCUGGGAAAUAUCUAUCAACCAGUUCAUAGCAACCGUUUUGGCAGUGACCUCAAUAGUUCAAGGCUUCUAUGAGAAAACCCCAAUUAAAGAGCAUAUUGAAAAGAUGCAGAAAAACCGUCGUAAAUGUGUCAUCACAAACUAUUGAAUAGUGAAGGAAAGCGAUAAUAACAAUAACAAAUUUCGUUCCAGUAGCAAAUAGCCAUUAGUUGUAACAAUUGUUUUGUGCGAACUGAGCGAGAGAAAUUAAGAGUGAGAAGAGUAUAUUGCAAGAAUUGAGUAUUCAUAAAAAAUUCAAAUUAUUUUAAUUUUCUUAGAAAGUAAUUGCAAUUCCAAUUACUCCAAUUUAUUAAAGUAUUGAUAUUUUUGCUUUUUUUUAAUAUCGCACAUACAUUCAAAAAAAAAUGCUACACACAUUAAAAUACAUACGUUAUAUACAUAUAUACAUGUAUGUGUGUAUAUCCAUAAAAUAACUAAAUGUUUAUAAAUAUACAACAUAUAGGAAUCUAUGAACUGUUAACCCGGAAAUACAUCAGAAUCACAAUAUUACAGGCAUUUUAUCCUUCGGGUCUCAAAUUGUAUUUCGAAACCUAUUCACAUCAUUAUCCAACACUUUUAAUCCCACUGUAAUACACUCUAUGCAUAGAUAAUGUAUUCUGAAUAACUGUAAAUGUACAUUUCCCAAAAUUUGUUUGCAUUAAAUUUGGCCUUACUAAAGU